AUGAUUUCAGAUGAGGCGCUUGCGAAGAAGCAGAUGCACCAGUACAUCAGAACGAGUGCCAAACUGAAACAGCCCACCACAGAGGCAGAAAACGUUGUAGAUCUGCUUGCACCAUCUCACUCUUCCAAGUUGGAAUCUAACGUGGCAAAUGCCGUCAAGCAGGCUAGAGCGUACAAGGCAGACAAAUCCGAGCUGAAAUGCAAGCUGCAACGUCUGUCGCAAGAGGAGAGGCUCCGAGCAGAGGAAGCUCAAAGGACUUGCGACGCAUUGAGUACCGAGGUCAGGCACGCACGUGGCAGUGCCGAGAAACUCGCUGCAGCUCUAAAGGAUUGCCUGCUGGAGAAGCGGAGUAUCCUGUCUUUCUUGACGGAAGUCUUCAGCACGCCGCCUGACACCUCUACGCUGAUCAAGCCUAGCGUGGUGCAAAAUGCCAAGCUUGGAGGACGGGAGCUGUUAGGCCUCAUGGGAAACCUGGAAAUCGAGAUUCACGACGCGGCAAUGCAUCUUCACCAUAUGCUCCAACGAAUACGAGAAGAGUCGAAGUACACCGAUACUGUCUUUGAUUCCAACCUGCAAAGUUUCACUGUUGAAGAGCUCAUUCACCGUCUUUUGCAAGAGCGACAGGACUCAGGUGGAAGCUGCGUGCUUGAGGACGCCUGCCACUGCCCAACUCUGCCCGUAACAUGCCGAAUUGACUGGCGCCUGGAAAAGGAUCGUUACCUCAGACUUAAGCACGUCAUCAACAGAAAAGUUGCGCAGCUGCUCAAGGUGCAGAAACUCGCGAAAUCUGGAGCUACGGCGGCUGCCAACAGGUGCCCGCUGUACUAG